GCGGCUCGCUUGUGCUCUCUUAGAACAGGCCUGAAAAGGCUGCUGUUUUCUGGACCCAAACGAGUUAGUUUACGACAAAUGUCUCUGGCAGURGAUGACCAAGUAUUUGGACUUUCAGAUCAUGAAAGACAUUUGAGAGAGGCGUCAUACAACUUUUUCCAGAAAGAAUUAGCUCCAUAUGCAGAUCAGAUUGAUAAAGAAAACGAAUUUUCUCAAAUGAGGGAGUUCUGGAAAAAACUUGGUGACAUGGGAUAUUUGGGUAUAACAGCUCCAGAGGAAUAUGGUGGAAGUGCAAGUGGAUUUUUUGACCACUGUAUCAUUUGUGAGGAAAUGUCAAGGGCAUCUGCCUCCAUUGCUCUUAGUUAUGGCGCACACUCCAACUUAUGUGUAAAUCAAAUUGUUCGACAUGGCAACAAUAUGCAGAAAGAAAAGUACUUACCAAAGCUUAUCAGUGGAGAAUAUGUUGGAGCUCUUGCAAUGAGUGAACAUAACGCUGGAUCAGAUGUAGUGUCGAUGAAGUUAAAAGCAGAGAAAGAUGGUGAUCACUAUAUCCUCAAUGGUUCAAAAUUCUGGAUAACUAAUGGACCUGAUGCAGAUGUCCUGGUCGUCUAUGCCAAGACUGGUGAUGGCAGACCAGAACAUUCUAUAACAACAUUCCUGAUAGAAAAGGGGAUGGCAGGAUUUAGCACCAGCCCAAAGCUUGAUAAGUUGGGAAUGAGAGGUUCAAACACUUGUGAACUUGUUUUUGAAGAUUGCAGAGUACCAGCUGAAAAUGUUAUGGGAGAAUUGAAUAAAGGUGUUUAUAUUUUGAUGAGUGGACUAGAUGUUGAAAGACUUGUCCUUGCUGCUGGACCACUAGGAAUCAUGCAAGCUGCUUUAGAUAUAACUGUUCCUUAUGUACACCAAAGAACUGCUUUCAAUCARAAAAUUGGAGAAUUUCAGUUUAUACAAGGAAAGAUGGCUGACAUGUAUACCAAGCUCAGUGCCUGCAGAAGYUAUGUGUAUUCAGUUGCAAGGGCUUGUGAUGAAGGACAUAUUAACUCAAAGGACUGUGCWGGAGUGAUUUUGUACUCAGCAGAAAAUGCAACCCAAGUUGCUCUAGAUGCUAUACAGUGUUUAGGUGGCAAUGGGUACAUUAAUGACUACCCAACAGGCAGACUUCUUAGAGAUGCAAAGCUAUAUGAGAUCGGUGCAGGAACYAGUGAAAUCAGAAGGCUAAUCAUUGGCAGAGAUUUUAACAAACAAUUCAGAUAACAAAUAUUGUGACUGGUAAUUCAACAAUAGAUCACUUUUGAUGUUUUUGUUGACGAACCAUGCACAAAWAAUGAGAAUAAGGCUCUGGGGAAACAAUAUAUAAUCCUUUGUUUUACCAGAGCCCUUUCUCCCUSGGAGAGGCCUGGGAAAGAGCCUCAUAAUGGCUGUAAGAGGAGACUACCAGAGGCUUGUCUUUAGUUGUUUUUGCACAUGGUCAUUCAACCAGAAUAUCAAAAAGUGAACAAGGCUAUAUAAUAGUAAACAAUACAUAUGUACUUAUAGGGGGUUUUACUGGGUGCUGAUACAUCAUGUAUUCAGGAGUAUACUAAGAGGUGUUCAGCUGGCACAAAUAUCUCAAGCAUGAAAGCCAAAACCUUAAUGCUGGAAGUUUUAUCCUAUCUAUU